AUGGCCCGACACGUAGAUCCAAGUAGUGCAUACAAACCCCAAGUGUCGUUGUACGCGUUGAUGAUUUUUCUCUCCAGUGUCUUUCUUUCAACAACAAUGAGAGCGUUUUUCGUUGCUACACUUUUGUUCUGUUACGUGCAAGCUUUGCACUUCUACUUGAAAACAGGCGAGAUCAGAUGUUUCUACGAAGACUUGCAGGUCGACACGUUGGUUGUCGGUAAAAUCGACGCAUACGAUUUUGACGAACAAACCAACGAGUACUUCAAGAGCAACAAGUUGAAGGUCAGAAUUACCGUUGACGAGACAUUUGACAACGAUGACAGAGUUGUGGACCAGGCCUCCAAGCCCAGCGGCGACUUCACCUUCACGUCGUUCGCUUCGGGCGAGCACAAGUUCUGCUUGUCGCCCAUUUACACGGAAAAGAGCCCAGAGAACAAGCACAGAAUCUUCUUUGACAUUGCGUUUGGCUCUGCCGACGACUACGUCGACUCCAAGUCCUCGAAGAAGGUGGACAGUUUGACGUUGCAGGUGCAGAACUUGAACAAGAAAUUGCAGGACAUUCACAGCGAGCAGGAGAGCAUCAGAGAGCGCGAGGCUGCUUUCAGAAACCAGUCGGAAAGCACCAACUCGAGAGUGGUGUGGUGGAGUAUCAUCCAGUUGCUUGUGUUGGUGGGAACGUGCGCAUACCAGUUGCGUCACUUGAAGAGCUUUUUCGUCAAGCAGAAAAUUGUGUAA